AUUGGUCAAUGGCAAACCUGUUGGGCAUGGACGUACAGGCCGAGGGUCUUUUUUGUCCUAUAAAUACUGUGAGUGUUAAGGGAGACCAUCAUCGAACAGGUUCAGUCAGCAGUCAUGAGGUCUUUGGUUUUCCUUGUGCUCCUUGGAGCAGCUUUUGCUCUGGAUGAUGACAAGAUCGUUGGUGGAUAUGAGUGCGAGGCCCAUUCCCAGCCCUGGCAGGUGUCUCUGAAUGCUGGCUACCACUUCUGUGGUGGCUCUCUGGUCACUAAGGAUUGGGUUGUGUCUGCUGCUCACUGCUACAAGUCACGCAUCGAGGUCCGUCUUGGUGAGCACCACAUUGGCAAAAACGAGAAUACUGAGCAGUUCAUCUACUCCGAACGUGUCAUCCGCCAUCCCCAGUAUAACUCAUGGAACAUUGAUAAUGACAUCAUGUUGAUCAAGCUUAGCUCAUCAGCUGAUCUCAAUUCAUACGUGCAGCCUGUGGCUCUGCCCUCAGCCUGCGCCGCCGCUGGCACCAAGUGUUUAGUCUCCGGCUGGGGAAACACCAUGAGCUCUACUGCUGAUUCCAACAAACUUCAGUGUGUGGAAGUCCCAGUCUUGUCUGACAGUGACUGUAACAACUCCUACCCCGGCAUGAUCACAAAAUCCAUGUUCUGUGCUGGAUACCUGGAGGGAGGAAAGGACUCUUGCCAGGGUGACUCUGGUGGACCUGUGGUGUGCAAUGGCCAGCUUCAUGGUGUUGUGUCCUGGGGUUAUGGAUGUGCUGAGAAGAAUCAUCCUGGUGUCUACACCAAGGUUUGCAUUUUCAAUGAGUGGCUUGAAGACACCAUGAACUCAUACUAAAGGGGAUCGAAAAACACACCUUUAAAGUCAGCCUCCAAUCCUGCAUUCCAUCAAUAAUUGUUUUAUUGGAGAUACAAUAAAAGCAUUUCCUCUAAAAGUA